CUUGACUUACCUGUCGCAUUCUGUGCAUAUCGAUACACCUUCGUCGUGGUCAUCACAUGUCAAUGCGUUAAAGGAAAGUGAAGCAAAUCGUAGUUGUUGCAGAAGGAGACAUGUAUAGGACUAAUUUUCCAGAUGCUCCUCGUCCUUAUGCAAACGCAAAGAGGCAUAGUCCGAGUAUAAAGGAGCACCUGAGAGCAUCAUGGCUGACUUCUGUAAUAGGUUUCAUCAUGUUCUUAGCUGGAAUGAAACUCGUCUACUGGAAUGAGGGACAAGCUGUACAAACUGCCCAUUCACUGGAGGAAGCGAUGAAUGCUGUUAUUCCUGUCAAGUACACAUCUGUCAUAAUGGAAGAAAACAAUGGAAAGUUAGUUCAUUUUAGCGGAACUUUGCGUGUCGGAGAGCCGCUUGCAGAGGUGGAAUACGGAGUGGCUGUUCCUGCAGUUAAAUUGAAGCGCCGUGUGCAGAUGUAUCAGUGGGUUGAAGAAAAACAUAAGAGGGAGCAGGUACCAGGAGAUCAUGAAUACGUUGAACUGAGUUACUCCUACAGCAUGGAGUGGAGAGAUAAACUGAUUGACAGUUAUCUGUUCUACAAUACGGCAGGCCAUCGCAAUCCAAAGGAAUUUCCAUUGAAGACCACAGUGUACGUGAAUGAACGCGUGAGUGUGGGGAGGUACAUGUUCGGUGCAGCCCUCAUAGAUAAGUUCUCAGAUUUUGUGCUGGUGACAAGCGAUGAACGACCGGAGAGGCGGGACAUCAAAUUGCACGCAGGCCUGUAUUAUCAUAGUCGGGAUGUGUGGAACCCGGAGGUUGGUGACAUCAGGGUUCAGUUCUCGUACGCGGGGAGGGCCGACGAAGAGGUGAGUGUUGUAGGGAUGCAAGUUGGGAAGGAAAUUCAACCGUAUCGGACAUUCUCAGGGAAUGAAAUACUGAUGCUGCGGCAUGGACGCCUGACGGUAGAGGAAAUGUUCCUUGAUGAACAAGCUCGCAACCAGUGGCUGACGUGGGCUUACCGUGCCCUUGGCUGGCUCAUGAUGUUUCUUGGGGCAAACUGCGUUUCAAAUAUCCUGCAAAUUAUUGUUUCCAGGUAUUCCAUCUUGCGCAGUUUGUUGUUGAUGGGUAUGAAUUUUGUAAACAUGGCAAUAUCCACAUCGGUAUGUUUCCUGGUAAUGUCACUUGCUUGGAGUUCGUAUCGCCCUGUGCUUGGCACCCUCCUCGUCAUUGGAGGAGCCAUGCCAUUCCUGUUUUCAGCAGUUCGGCUCUACCGUCGCGAACGAGAAAGUCGUUACCAGAGGUUAUGAUUUUUCCCUAGCGUGUGGAAAUGGUCAGUAUUUUUUUUUUACUGAAUUGUGAAGAACAGAUAUUUUACAAUAGAGCUGUAAGUGCUCAGUAAGGAUUAAAGAAUGUCGUAUUUCAUAACAGAUUCAGUCGUAUCUUAUUAGGUAGCUAGAAAUUUGGCGAGAAGCCGGAGGAUUCUGGAAAACUGCAUGAAAAAUAGACGCUAAUAAGAUUUACGAACUGACUGUUACCAAAGAAUCAUAUUCUAAACAGUUUUUACAGUUUGAAUAUUAUAAGUCAUUGACAUUUAUCUGUGAUUUCUGUUAUAUACUGUGCAGCGCAUUAAAGUGAAAUUAAAACUUUGUAAUGUGAUAGGUGGGAGGGACUUCAACACCAAAGCGUUCUUGUUCCUUUCGUGUUUUGUGGAAAGUGUGUGUUUAUGAAACAAGAGAAAGUUUGUACCUGAAAGUGUGUUAGUUUAAACAGAUGGCUGUAAGUUCGGAAGGCCAGGUUUCUUUAAUGAACUGGUUGAUCCAGAUUGAAGGUU